AUGUCGAAUCUUCUCUGCGAUAUCUGCAGCGCGAUUUUCAAAGGGCCUAAACCCGAGCGAUCUCGCGCUGGUGAAGCCCCAGCUGUAUUCGAUCACCUGAAAUCUCUUGAACAACUCCAGAGUGGGAUUUGUACCGGAUGUGUUGUUUGUACCGGGCUUGCUCGGCGUGUGGCGUCGAAAUCCACUGGACUAGAGACUCUAGACUCAUUUACAUCUGGUUAUCUUUUCUUUGACUUUGGUCACCCCGGCCACAUCACAUUUCUCUUGACUUGGAAAAUUGAUGGUAAAGUGGAAAAUGGCGUUCUAGAUUUCAAUCUACUUCCACUUAGUUCAGAGUCCGUCUCUGGAGGAUAUGUCACUCUCAGCCAUCGCUGGGGUUCGUCCCCGUUUCUACAGCUCAACUUAGAGACUAUGAACGCCCUGACAGCGGGCAUACCGAUUCACGAGCUACCGGCCACGUUCCAAGAUGCCAUCUACAUUGCACAGCAGUUAGACUCUAGGGAAGACUGGAUCAGAGAGGCGCCCACUAUGCGGAAUGUCUAUGGCUUCGCUGUUGUUAACAUAGUGGCGGGUCACUCCGAUGGCCCUCAAGAUGGACUCUUCCCUCCACGGAACUUAGCUUCAGUUGAAUCAGUUGUAGUCCAAUCGAAAUGGGACAAUCAGAUCAAGACAAACUAUCUUCUUUGGGAUGAGUCGGCUCUGCAAGACGACUUUGAAUCCGCUCCUCUGACCCAACGCGGCUGGGUUUUUCAAGAACGACUUUUGGCGCCUCGCAUCUUGCAAUUCGGCAAGAGGCAAGUGUACUGGAGAUGCUCAGAGCUAUUUGCGAGCGAGGCCUGGCCCCAAGGUGUUCGCUCUGCAACAGGCAAGGCCCUUAGAUUGGGCACCGACCUGGAUGCGUUGGAUGAGAAGGCUUGCAUGGAGAUCCCGCCAAUUUCGAAAUGGAGACAGUUGGCGGCCAACACUGUGUCACAGGAGCCAGUUGCGAUAUGGGAACGCCUUGUUGCUCAAUAUUCCCGCACCAAGCUUACCUUUGGCGAUGACAAGCUGGUUGCUCUCUCUGGAGUGGCCAAAUUGUUCCAACAGACGUUUAAAGAUCGUUAUCUCGCUGGUGUAUGGUGGUCACCGUCUGCAAGGCUUCUUUGCUGGAGUCGAGAUGAUCGUCGGGAAACGGGAGUAGUGACUCGACCUGAUUACCGUGCACCAUCGUGGUCAUGGGCGUCAAUUGAUGGGCUCAUCGAUUUCACAGCUCGAAUUCCGGCGAUAGAUUGUCCUCUGCUCUUGGAGGAGUACUUGGCCGAAGUAAUAAACGCAAGUGUUGUGCCACUCGGGAACGAUGAGAUGGCCCAAGUUCAAGGCGGACAAAUGACGGUGAAAUCAGGACUACAUUCUUUCAAAGUCAUAUCGCAACAAGAAAGUCAGUUGACAUUUGAGAUGGAUGGAAAGGUCAUAAAAGGUGAAGAGGGCACAUUUGUUCUUGACACAGCACUCCAGGAUGAGCUCAAAUACCAACAACUGUGGAUUAUGCCGACCAUGCUUGUAGUGCAAGGGAUGCCGGGGGGACCGUGGAGUAGCGCAGAAGGGAUGGUUUUGAAGAAAAGCGAAACACAGGGAGGGGCUGGUGCUGGUGAUACUUACGAACGUAUAGGCUACCUUUUCGCGCCUCCUGUUAAAGGCGACAGGGGAGUUGAGCUUUUCGGGCUGCAUGUAGAGACAAUUGAUGGGGAUUCUGAAACAGGUAGCACGCUGAGAAUUCGGCGAGAGACUGGACUAUUGCAGACAGUGACAAUAGUUUAA